UAAUUAAAUCAUUUCUCAGACGUGCAACACGAUCCACUCUAAGCCGCCCUGCGUGAGCGUCUGUGGUCUUUCCGCUCCACUUAUCACAGUCAGCCUCCAAGCGAGGGGGAGUGGCCUCAGAGCAGAUUGAUGCUCCCUCGUGACCCGCUGACACUAACAAGAUCUCAUCAUGGAUGAGGAGGAAGCCAUGCAUAGAGUCGGCGGGUGUGCAGGAGGAUCAAGCAUCCCGCGGCCUUUCAUCAGAGCGACUUUGAACAGAGACAGAGCUGGACCAGAACCAUGAGAGCCUCAUCCGCCUGGGCGGCGCUUCUUUUCAUUCUGAUUCAUGGGGGAUUCAGAGCAUCUACAGCCAAAAAGCUGGCCGGCGGCGGCAGCAGCGGAAGGUUUGCCAACGCUACUUUAGUGCGUCUGUCGGAGUUUCUGAGUUCAGGAUAUAAGAAAGGCGUGAGGCCAGUGAAGGACUGGAGGACGUCCACCAUAGUGGCCAUCGACCUCAUGGUUUACUCCAUUCUGAAUGUGGAUGAGAAGAACCAAGUUUUGACAACAUAUGUGUGGUACCGACAAUCGUGGACGGAUGAAUUCCUGGUGUGGAAUCCAGAAGAUUUCGAUGAAGUCAAGCAAGUUUCUCUCCCCACAGCGAAUGUGUGGGUCCCCGACAUCCUCAUCAACGAGUUCGUGGACGUGGGGAAAUCUCCAGACAUCCCGUACGUCUAUGUCACACACGAGGGGCUGGUGCGAAACUACAAACCCAUCCAAGUGGUCACAGCCUGCACGCUCAACAUCUACAACUUCCCCUUUGAUGUCCAGAAAUGCAGCCUCACCUUCCAGAGCUGGCUGCAUACCAUUGAUGACAUAAACAUCACUCUGAUGCGAAGCCCCGAGAUGCUGAGGGACGACAAGAGUGUCUUCAUGAACCAAGGGGAGUGGGAGCUCCUCCACAUCCUGUCCAAGUACAAGAUCUUCAGCGUGGACAAUGACGACUACUACGCUGAGAUGAAGUUCCAUGUGGUGAUCCGGCGGCGGCCGUUGUUCUACACGGUGAAUCUGCUCCUGCCCAGCAUCUUCUUGAUGGUGAUGGACGUCGUUGGGUUUUAUCUGCCGCCAGACAGCGGAGAAAGAGUUUCCUUUAAGAUCACUCUGCUCCUGGGGUACUCCGUCUUCCUCAUCAUCGUGUCCGACACCCUGCCCGCCACCGCCAUUGGAACGCCACUGAUAGGAGUGUACUUCGUGGUCUGCAUGGCCCUGCUGGUGAUCAGCCUGACAGAAACGGUUCUGAUUGUGCGCCUGGUUCACAAGCAGGACCUGCAGCCGCCGGUUCCCCACUGGGUGAAGUACCUGGUUCUGGAACGAGCUCCUGUCCUGUUCUGUAUCCACAAGAAGCACCGCCUCUGCUCCAGACUGUCGUCGCAGGCCUCGGACCUGGAGCACUACAAGGAGAACAACUACGGGACGGCCCAGUGCACCCUCCACCACACCUGUGAGAUGGGCCAAAGGCACGGCCAGCAGGAGCGAGACGUUGGGAUGCUUGGCCUGCGUCCCCCCUCGUCCAGGGACAGCAGCCCACCUGUCAUGGACAACAUCCUGCAGGAGGUGACGGCAAUACGCGGCUUCCUGGAGAAGAGGGACAGGUGCCGGGAAAUCGCCAAGGAAUGGCUCCAAGUGGGCUACGUGUUGGACGUGCUGCUGUUCAGAGUCUACUUGGUGGCCAUGGUGGCCUACAGCAUCACACUGGGCACCUUGUGGUCGGUUUGGCAGGUCGCCUGAGUGCUGCCACUUUACUGAUGUGAAUGCAAACUCGGUGAUCGCUCCAGUUUGAGGCUCCAUACCCAACGAAGAAGUGGGGAAAAAGGAGGCACUCCACAAGUAAUUUAACAGGCCGAGGCCUGCUGCCACCAGGCAGGUUUGAUGAAGAACCAGGAGAGGCUUCUACCAGUUUAACGGAAAGAUUUUAGUGUCUCUUAAAGACAAAUAAUACCAUUAAAUUCAGGUAAAGCUUAUACACAUCAUUUUAAAGUUUGAACUGAUACAAUCUUUCGGUUAUCAGAUAUUUGGAGACCAAAUAUGGAACAAAAAAUUUAAAAGUUGUGUAAUUUGUGACAUUUUAGUCAGAUUAUCUUUAUGCUCUAUGUCCACAACUGUGGAAGUAAACAUGUGAUGUGAUGCAAAAGCGUAUUUUUGUCUGUUUUUCUGAAAUGAUAAAUUGUGCAAAACAGUGUUAAUGUGUAAACAGUUUUGUCUACUUGCAUAAAUUACAGUUUAAUGCACUUUUGGAAAAUGUUCACUAUUCAAUUGAUGAAACUUUAAUGUAUAAAGUUUAGAUUGAUUCCUUACCUACAUGUACCUGAUAUGAUUGGGGAAAAACAUAAUUUAGACAUUUACGAAACAGAUUAAAUAAAGUUCUUUGAAGGACUUUAUGUCUCAUUAGGAGCUAAAGAUCAUUUCUGACCUUUACAUGAACACAGUUUAAGAGUUUUAAGCUAAUUUUGUUCUUGAAAAUGAAUAAAAAUACGAAGUUUUACUUUGAAGGAAAUAUUGUUCUUAAUCUUUCAAUGUUUAAGUGAUUUUUUUUCAUUAGAAAAAAAGGUUUUAAUGUGAAUUUGUCGUCUCCAUCCUCACUUUCAAACAGUACAGCUGUCAUCUAUACCAUAGUACACAUACAUUUAAUUUAUAAUAAUACUACACAACGGCCAAAUUAUAGUGAUUUUGAUUGUGUCAUUUUGUCUUUGUAUACAUUUCUUUUGAUGUUAAUUUGACAUGAUGUUAUUUCCAAUAAAGGAAAAUGUAGCAAACUGUUAAA